AUGAACAAAAGAGCUAAUCUAGGUGAUAAUUAGAAGAGAUUAACUCGAAUCUUGAACUAAAUAAAAGAGCUUGUAAAUGAAUAAGGUGAAUAAGGACAGAAUAUAAGUGACAUAAAUAGUAAUUCAUAGAAUUAGUUCUCAAAAGAGGAAAUGAUAAAAUUCAUCAAAAAUGAAUAUUAGUAAUUAUGUUAGGAAGUUCAAAAUUUGCAAGUCUAUCGAAAAAAAACAUUUGGAAGUCCUUCAAGAGAUCAAUGA